CCCUUGGAGCAAAAUAGAAGACGAUAACCAUAGGCGAGGAGCAAGUCGGCGCGGCAAUUGCGGCGGCGUCUUCUCCAUCUCUCCUCAUCUCCAUCCUCCACAUCUCCCUCCCGCCGUCUCUCAAAGGCGACGCGCAACCCCGCCCCACCAUCGAAGCCGAGCCCAACCAAUCGCCCCCCUUCCAGCCCCUCCUCAGUCGACGACGAUGCUGGGCGCCGCCAGGAGAUCCGGAUGCGUGCUGGGGCAGCUGAUUCAGACGCUCCGCCCCGCGGCGGCGGCGGCGGGGCCGGCGGCGAGGAGCUACUCCGCUGCCGCGAAGGAGAUGACUGUGCGUGAAGCGUUGAAUUCCGCCCUUGACGAGGAGAUGUCUGCAGAUCCUUCUGUUUUCCUGAUGGGAGAAGAGGUCGGAGAGUACCAAGGUGCAUACAAGAUAACGAAGGGUUUGUUAGACAAGUAUGGCCCUGAUAGGGUUCUAGAUACACCAAUCACAGAGGCUGGUUUUACUGGCAUUGGUGUUGGUGCCGCCUACCAAGGUCUUCGUCCUGUAAUAGAGUUCAUGACGUUUAACUUUUCGAUGCAGGCAAUUGAUCACAUCAUCAAUUCAGCUGCAAAGUCGAACUACAUGUCAGCUGGUCAGAUAUCUGUUCCUAUUGUUUUCAGAGGACCAAACGGUGCUGCUGCUGGAGUUGGUGCGCAACACUCACAGUGCUAUGCAGCUUGGUAUGCACAUGUUCCAGGAUUGAAAGUCCUAACUCCUUAUUCGGCGGAAGAUGCUCGAGGCUUGCUAAAAGCAGCGAUCAGGGAUCCAGACCCUGUUGUUUUCCUGGAAAAUGAACUUCUUUAUGGCGAAUCAUUUCCUAUUAAAGAUGAAGUACUUGAUUCUAGUUUUAGUGUCCCAAUCGGCAAGGCUAAGAUAGAACGGGAAGGAAAAGAUGUUACGAUUACCGCGUUCUCCAAGAUGGUUGGAUAUGCUCUUCAGGCUGCAGAGAUACUGUCCAAGGAGGGAAUCAGUGCUGAGGUGAUUAAUCUUCGGUCAAUUCGACCAUUGGAUAGAGCUGCUAUUAAUGCAUCUGUUAGGAAAACCAAUAGAUUGGUGACCGUGGAAGAAGGCUUCCCACAGCAUGGGGUUGGUGCUGAAAUAUGCAUGUCUGUUGUGGAGGACAGCUUUGAGUAUCUUGAUGCACCAGUUGAGAGGAUUGCGGGAGCUGAUGUGCCGAUGCCCUAUGCUGCAAACCUCGAAAGGCUGGCGGUUCCACAGGUGGAGGACAUUGUCCGUGCAGCAAAACGAGCUUGCUACAGAGCAGGGACGAUGGCAGCAACCGCAUAAACUCAAAUGCCCCUUCCGUUUCUCAGCCUCCUCUUUUUUGUUCCGUCCAGAUAAAAAAAAUGUAUCAUGUCGCAUAACGGUAUCCUCCCAACACAGCGUGAGCUAAUUUUUGUAGAUCCGCCAUGAUUUGUCUAUUCCUAUCGACCUUUCGGUCUCUGCAGGAUGUCCGCACCCGGUUCAUCUUUCAUCCUGGGACAUUUGAAUCGUUCCACUUCUGGAGAUUUACAUGACGGAGGAGGUAGUGUUGCAAAUAACAUGUAAAUGUAAUUUGAACUCGAGAAGUUCAGGUAUCGGUAUUUACAAUUUUGCUGCGUGCGUCUUA